CACUUAUUGUGUGGACAGUUGAAACCGCCAUUAAUGUUCGUACCAAGCUGCGACGAUUUUCCGGCGUCACCUGUUCCCAGAGAACCACCGCUGAGGGCAUGCCAGCGAGAACGGCCAUGGUGGCGAUCCAGUGCCGGGCCAAGCUCGGCCCUUUGGUAGCCCCCAUUUUUUCUUCGGUUAGGUAGAACUGCCUGGCAAUCUGCGGCUGGUCGUCGCCGACAAUGGGUGGUGAGGCCCUUGCCGGACGGAGGAUCCCGACCGGAGAAGACUCCGGCGUUCAGAUUCUUUGAGCACGGAAACCUUUUCUCAGUAUAAAUUACACUGCGUUCGAAUAAUUUACAAAAUCGAUUGCUCUGUUCUAAUUUCAGGAUGCCUCUCUAUAUUUGUCUGCCAUGUUAGAUUUGCGUUGCAUGGUGAUAAUAGCACAAGCAGAGCUCCACAAAUUGAUUGAAAAUAUAUAAUGAUUGCUGGUAGCUCAAUAUUUUACAUUUAUUGAUUUCCUGAGGAAAGAACACUUGUUCAGGUUUUGAUCGUUCGAAAUUUACGUGGGUUUUGCACUAUAGGUUACAUUUGUGAAAUUUACAUCAGUUCUGCACUAAUAUACAUAGGUCAUUUAUCAGAAAAAGGACAAGCCCAUAGCAGGUGAACUAAGAGUGUUGAACACGAAUGGAUACAUUGUCCAUUUCUCGAGUGACCCACCAUAAGGUCAUCGACCUUGACUUGAGAGGUUCUCAGCUGGUUGUGCUAAAACCACAUAUUAGUACUCUCUUAUCUUCUCAGUUUCCUGCAGGGACCAGAAACGUUUUUUUAUCACUUCCACAAGAGUAAAGACGAACGACUUCAUUUCUAAAAGGGAGAAUUCACCACUUGUCUGCACUCAAGCCCACCAAAACUAUAAUUGCCCUUGCCACCACAGUCUCAGAAGGGCAGGACACGAUAAACUCAACUGACAUGAUCACAGAUGGUAAGACAUUGAUAUCAUCAUCUCAGGGCAGCUUUGAGUUGGGGUUUUUCAGUCCUGAUGGCUCCAGAAACCGAUACAUCGGUAUAUGGUACUCGACGAAAAUCGUAACACCCGUAACCGUGGUCUGGGUCGCCAACAGGGACAACCCGCUAUCAAACACAUCAGGGGCUGUGCUCAAAGUCAUUAGCCCUGGGAUCUUGGCCAUUCUAAACGGCACUGGCAAAAUCAUAUGGUCAUCGUCAUCCGACACAUCAUCACUAGCCGCACAGGAACCGGUUGCACAGCUUCUCGACACUGGGAAUCUCAUCCUGAGAGAAGCAAACGAUGAAAACCCGGAGAACUAUCUGUGGCAGAGCUUUGAUUACCCGACCGACACAUUUUUACCUGGGAUGAAAUUAGGCUGGAAUUUGUUAACAGGUCAUGAAAAUUACCUCUCCUCAUGGAGGAGCAGUGAUGAUCCAGGUACCGGAGACUACUCGUUCCACUUGGACCUUACGGGAUACCCCCAUGUAGUCCUCAUAAGGAAGCCUUCUGUCGUACGUUACAGGGGUGGGCCCUGGAAUGGAGUAUGGUUCAAUGGGAUUUCCGGACCAAGCAGGAAUAAUUUAGCCACCUAUGGUCUGGUUUUCGAUGAAAAAGAGGUGUAUUUUCAUUAUGAGCUUCUAAGCAAUUCUGUUAUGAUCAGGGUGUUCAUUAACCAGCUUGGAAGCAUCCAAACCUUGGUUUGGGUUGGCCGGGAAUGGAAUGCGACAGAACCCAACAUCUGUGAUUCGUACGGGCAUUGCGGUCCAUACGGAAGAUGUGAUAUCCGAAAUUCUCGAAUUUGUGAGUGUAUGGAGAAUUUUGUGCCGAGGUAUCCAGACAAAUGGGCGGCGGCCGACUGGUCUGGUGGCUGCAUACGGAGGACUCCCUUGGGCUGCAAAACUGACGGGUUUGUUAGGUAUUUGGACAUUAAAUUUCCUGAUACCAAACAUUCUUUGCUUAAUGAGAGUAUAGAUUUGGAGGAGUGUAAGGCCGUGUGCCUGCUGAAUUGUUCUUGCAUGGCGUACACCAACUUAGAUGUCAGACCAGGGCAAAGUGAAUGUAUGCUUUGGUUUGGUGAACUGGUCGACAUGCGAGUUGGUUAUGGAGCAGGACAAGAUCUUUACAUUAGAAUGGCUUCUUCAGAAUUCGCAUCAGACUACAAAAGAAACAAAGGCAAAAUACUCAUAGGGACUUUGACGUCAUUGGCGGGAUUGAUUUUCUUAGGCUUGAGCGUCAUGCUUUACAUGUGUAAGACCCACAGAAUAAGCACGUUGAGGAAGGGAGGUUGGCAUAAAGAAAAUAAAGACCUGGAUCUUCCUUCAUUUGCUUUCUCGACUAUAUAUAAAGCUACUAACAAUUUUUCCAAGGACAAGAAGCUUGGAGCUGGUGGAUUUGGACCUGUCUACAAGGGUACGCUUGAGGAUGGACAUGAGAUUGCUGUGAAACGUUUGUCAAAGACAUCGAUGCAAGGACUUGAUGAAUUCAAGAAUGAAGUGAUAUCUAUUGCCAAACUUCAGCACCGUAACCUCGUGAGGCUUCUUGGGUGGUGCAUUCAUGGGGAUGAGAAGAUGCUAAUAUACGAGUACAUGGCCAACAAAAGUCUCGACUUAAUCCUAUUUGGUUGGUAUUUCUCACAUCAAAGCAAUCCUAUUAUACAGCAAUAUCAAGAAAAAAGUAAGUUACUUGAUUGGCCAAAGCGCGUUCAGAUUAUCAACGGUAUUGCCAGGGGACUCAUGUAUCUUCAUCAAGACUCACGACUGAGAGUUAUCCACCGUGACCUGAAAACCAGCAAUAUACUGCUAGACAUGGACAUGAACCCAAAAAUAUCGGAUUUUGGCAUGGCCAGAACAUUUGGAGGGAAUGAGACUGGAGCUUGUACAUCCAGAGUUGUUGGGACAUAUGGUUACAUGUCACCAGAGUACGCCAUUGAUGGGUUGUUCUCAGUGAAAUCGGAUGUGUUUAGUUUUGGAGUUAUGGUAUUGGAAAUACUGAGCAGGAAAAGGAACAGAGGAUUUUCCCACAAGGAUCAUCACCAUAACCUUCUUGGGCAUGCAUGGAUGCUUUACAAACAAAGACGGCCCUUGGAGCUAGUUAACGACUAUCAAAGCGAAACGUGUGACUCGUCAGAGGUGCUGAAAUUAAUCGAGGUGGGAUUGUUGUGUGUACAAAAAUAUCCUGAAGAUAGACCAAGCAUGUCUUUGGUUGUAUUCAUGCUGGAGAAUGAUGUUGUGCUGCCUGAAGCUAAAGAGCCUGGUUUUUUCACAGAAAGAGAUGCUUUUGCUGAUGAUCUAUCAAUCAGCACCAGUGGAAUUUCAACAAAUGAGAUCUCACUUACUACUUUUGAGGCAAGAUAGGGACGCCUUAAAUUUCUGGUGGCUUAUUAUGUUCUUUUUGUUGCCCUUGAUUGGGAAGAUUUUUAUGAAUAGAUAAAUGUACAUAAUAUAAAUUGAGAAAUUAUAAAUUUCUCAAAGUUAAAUUAUAAGAGAUACAUGUGAAGUUAUUUAGUAUUUGUAAUUAAUAAAGUAUGUAUAUAUAUUGGGG